GGGGGGGGGACAGGUGCUGAGUGACACACGAACCAGGAAGUGACAUCACACAGUGACUCAGAAGUGGUGUCUCUUCGUGGUUCUUCUGGAGGUCUGAAGGUUCGGGGUUCCUCCUCUUCAGUUCAGUCCCUCCUUCAGUCGUACAGCAGCUCGCUGAGGAAACCUCGAGGCCUCGGACGCAGCCUGAGCUCCUACCUGAACCACACCACAAGACUGGAGAUUGUCCACGAGGACGUUAAGAUGAGUUCUGAUGGAGAAAGUGAUCCGGCUUCUUCUUCAGACGGAGUUCAGAGUCCAGUUCGAGUCCGACUGAGGAACAAGAAGAUCUCUACAGAGGACAUCAACAAACGUCUGUCAUUACCGGCUGACAUCCGUCUUCCAGACGGUUAUCUGGAGAAGUUUAAUCUUAUUGGUCCAGCUCUGUUUGAGCAGCCAAUCAGCAGGCGGCUGCGCAGAGUGUCUCUGUCAGAGAUUGGUUUUGGGAAACUGGAGACAUACAUUAAACUGGACAAACUGGGAGAGGGGACCUAUGCCACGGUGUACAAAGGUCGCAGUAAACUCACCGAUAAUCUCGUUGCUCUGAAGGAAAUUAGACUGGAACACGAAGAAGGAGCUCCAUGUACUGCGAUCAGAGAAGUGUCGCUGUUAAAGGAUCUGAAACAUGCCAACAUUGUCACGCUUCAUGACAUCAUACACACGCAGAAGUCCCUCACACUGGUGUUUGAGUAUCUGGACAAAGAUCUCAAACAGUAUCUGGACGACUGUGGAAACAUCAUUCAUGUUCACAAUGUCAAGCUCUUUCUUUUCCAGUUGCUGCGAGGUUUGUCAUACUGUCAUCGGAGGAAAGUUCUCCACAGAGACCUAAAACCCCAAAAUCUGCUCAUCAAUGAGCGGGGAGAGCUGAAACUGGCAGACUUUGGGUUGGCCCGAGCAAAGUCAAUUCCAACGAAGACGUACUCUAACGAGGUGGUGACACUGUGGUACCGACCGCCAGAUAUCCUGCUGGGCAGCACAGACUACUCUACUCACAUCGACAUGUGGGGUGUUGGUUGUAUCUUCUAUGAGAUGGCAACAGGCCGACCCCUAUUUCCUGGUUCCACAGUGGAGGAGGAGCUUCAUUUCAUCUUUAAACUGCUGGGAACUCCCACAGAUCAAAGCUGGCCUGGAAUCAAUUGUAAUGACGAGUUUGUGGCAUACAACUAUCCUCAGUACAGAGCAGAGAGACUGAGUAAUCACACUCCCAGGCUCAGCAGUGAAGGAGUCGAGUUGUUGUCAAAGUUCCUGCAGUUUGAGGGGAAGAAGAGGAUCUCUGCGGAUGAGUCGAUGUAUCAUCGUUACUUCAGUAACCUUGGUAACAGAGCAACGACACUUCCUGAUACUACAUCCAUCUUCACUCUGCCUGAGAUUCAACUUGAAAAAGAAACAACAAGAGUGACAGUCACACCUGAUCCAGGUAACGUGGUCACACUCAAUCUGGGUGACGCGGCCACGCCCGAUCCGGAAAACAGUCCGGCCAGGAGGCGGAGUCUGCUCUUCUGACAUCAGAGAGGCGGUGGUAGUUCUUCUGACAUAAUCAGGGAGGCGGAGUCUGCUCACAAAAGGAAAAUAUAUAUUUUUUUGCUGCUGAGAAAACAGGAAGUAAAUCUAGAUCAGACAGACAGACAGACAGUGACAGACAGACAGAGAGACAGACAGACGCAGGGAGACAGAUGCAAUAAUAAAUCACAGCAGCCAUUUGACCAAUCAGUGAACUGCAUGUUGUUUCUAAUGGCAACAGGUUGACCUCAGUACAUGAACAGUCUUCCAUUUUUGCUUUUUUUUUUUUUUUUUUUUUUUUUAAAUGUUCCCAGGAUCCUGGAAUUCUGUCAUGGAUACGCCUGGAUACAAUCAGAUAUCACAUGUGUGACAGCAGCAGAAUGACAUCAGUGAUGACAUGUCAGACUGUCAGAUUGAUGUUUAAGUCCACCUGUAAUGAACUAUUUAAAACAAUGAGUAAUAUUUAUUAUUUAUCGUAUCCAACAGCUGAAAAGUGAACGCAGACAGGAAGUGCUGCAAACAGACUGUAUAUGAUGCAGACAGCCGAGGAAGACGUUGUUUAUAGGGGUAAUAUUCUGCUUUUGUUUCCACAGAACAGUGUUAUUUAUUAGAAAACAUACUGAAACUCACUGACAGCCACAGAAGCCAUGUUUGUUUAAACAAUCUGAUCAAUUUCAUUCUCUGUGUGACACUGUUUCUGCAUGUGUGUCGUACACUUAUUGUUAAAAUAUUAUAAAGACUAAUACUGUAAAAAUACUCACAUUGUUAAUAUAUUUAUAUGUAUUAACAUUUAGUGUAAAUCUGCAGUAUACAGCUGUGAGCAAUUUUCUUUCUAUUGCUGUUUAACCCAGAAGUUUAUUUUAACAGGAUUUUCAAUUUUUUUAUUGCUUAUAUUUUUAUUGGAGGUCAACAGGUUGAAGAGGAUGAUGUGAUGUCAGCUUCAAUCAGAGCUUCACAAAGAAAAAGGUUUCCAUUCACAAGCUUGACGUAAAAAACAGACAGACUGAUGUCGAUGCCAAGCUGACUGUCGGACAACCCUGAGAAAGACAGGAAAUUUUAACCUUAAUUUUAACCUGCUCAGAAUCAAAAUGUCUGUGGGUUUCGAUUGAGCACUUAGGCAGGAAUUACAGGAGGUGGUUUUUGAUUCUGUCAGGAGGCUUGGUUGAGGAUUGGGGAAGGGCUUAUCUGUGGUCAGGAUUGAGAUGGAUUUUGUCUUCUCGUCCCUUCAGGCGAAACCUUUUGCAUUUUCUUUUCAGGUUCAGGAAUGUUUAUCUUUAAACUGUUGGAUGUUGUUUCUGGUGUUACUUUUUAUUUCUUAGCUGUGAAGAAAUAUAGAAUCUUCUUGAUCAGAAGACAAUAAUGAUUGAUCAGUGUUAAUAACGAUGAGUUUAACAGUGUUUUGUAAAAAUGUCAUAUGUACACAUUUGUAUGUGAGGUUAGAAAUAUACAGUAGCCAUGAAAAUAAUUCACAUUUUUUAUGUUCUAUUGAUUAGCAGUGGAUUUGUUUGAUCAGAAGUCUUUUAAAAUACAGAAUAAUUGACUUCCAGAUGUGUUUUGAAAGAUUUCCAAAUUUUCAAACUUCAGAAACAGAAACACGUGACAGAAUGAAAACUUCUGCAUUAACUAUUUUUAGUAAAUUGAGGUUUAAGAGUUAAGAAAGUUUGGCUUCAAAUAUUUUCUGUUUCUCAGGAUGAAAUCAUUUAAAUUUCAUCCACUGAGACACAAAGUGAAUCAAUAAAAAAUUCAGGGGACUUCUUUUUAGAAUUUCAAAGAACUUUUCUGUUUGAAAGAAGUGAUGUAACGAGUCCACGUUAGUGCUGGCUUGAUGAUGAAUUACUGUUGAAUGUAACUACCAAUUGGUAACGUGGUUUACAGUAAUAAUGUGUACAGUUGUUAAUUAUUACAGAUCAUUUUUAAUCUGCAGUGUCUUGUUAUUCCUUAGCUGCUGUUCAACUGCACAGAAAACAGCAUUUAGAUAUAAAACAAAAGAUGUCUGGACCCAGAUCACUCAGUAAACCUGGUUCAGUAGCAGGUUGCUGAGAUCUAAUCUAUAAAAUACAUUCAUAUAAAAAAUACAUGUGAACACAUGUGAACACCUCACACGUCCGACAGGUUAGGAAUAAUUUUUCUGACUGUGCAGAGACAAAGAGUGAAAACCGGCAGUUAAUGUGACAAUAUCAAGUCUUCGGCUUAUACAGGCAGCUGUGAGAGAAAUCACAUAUUCAUUUGUUGUAUUUACGUUUUAUUGUCCAGCAUCAGAGUUGAAUUAUCGAACAGAAAACAAGUCGCCGACCUCAGAUCUGAGAAAGAGCUGCUUAUUGUUUAGUUUAAAUUAUUUUUAUCAGUUCCAGUGUUCACCUCCUGGUCUGUCAAUAUAAAGAAAUAACAGAUUUAAAAAUCUCUGAAUGGACCUCUGUUAUGUUUUUUAUUUAACUUUAGAAUAAAUCAAACGGUGAGCUGUUUUGUUUGGCUACAUCGAUUUAGAUGCUGUUUUCUCUGCUUUUGUAAAAUAACUGCUUAGUUUUGGUCAACACCAUACCAAAAUUAUCUGCAAUACCGCACUGCAUGAUGGGAUUCUUCCAGAUAACUUCUAUGCUGUUUAUUCUUUGAAUAUUCUUCCAUCUGCCAAGAAAGCACUGCAUUGUAUCUAAUGCUAUAAUGGAUGUGCAUACUUGAAAUAUCAAGUUUCGAAAAUAAAGUAUAUCCUGUUAUUGUGUCAA